ACCUGCUUAAGACAACAUGUCUUGAUUUCACUGCCACGACUUUAUUGAAACACUUUGAGGACGACGGCAGCGAUUCUAUCCGGCUCCGCCUCCCGCUACUGAGACGGAACUUCUCCUGCACAAAAUGGCAAAAUCAGCAGCUGCGUCUGAGCUCAGGAUUGUGCUUAUUGGAAAAAGUCAGAAUGAAAAGACAAAACUAACCAACGUGAUCACGGGAACAACAGAUAGUUCACGUCCAACAAAGUCCACGCACGUUGCCCAUGUCACCAGCGAGUGGAAGAAAAGACACCUGACGGUCGUGCAACCGGGGGACGUCCUCACUAUGCCGGAGAACACCGUGAGACACAGAAUAAUGACUUGCGUUGCCCAAUGCCCCCCCGGACCCAACGCCCUGCUGCUGUUAGUGAAGCCCUCAGAGUUCACCGAGCGGGACCGACAAAAGAUCAAGUUCAUCAUGAACUUCUUUGGACCAGAGGCCUUUAGAUACGCAAUUGUCGUCACAACGGAACAUGACAGGAUAUGGAAUUCCUCAGUUAAUCAACUCCUCAAGGAAUACGGACAAAGGCAGCACCAAAUGAUCUUCGUCAAAAAUGAGUUUUCUCUCUGUGAUCGUCAUGAAUUGAUGGAGAAAAUUGAGAACCUAGUGGAUGACAACAGGGGACGGUAUUUAACCUUUGCUGGAGAGACCGAUACGAUUGUCUCGCCUGUGAGUGCAAAACCCUCCCUGAACCUGGUGUUGUGUGGGAGACAUGGGGCCUGGAAGACCUCAACGGCCAGAGCCAUUCUGAGACAAAGAAAGAUUGGUCCACCUGUCGACUCCUCACAGUGUGUUCAACAUCAGGGAGAGGUGAGUGGACGUCAGGUUUCUCUGGUGGAGCUGCCCGCCUUGUGUGGGAAACCUCGGGAGGAAGUGAUAGAAAGAUGCCUCAGGUGUAUCUCCCUGUGUGACCCUGAGGGCGUCCAUGCCUUCCUCCUGGUCAUACCUGUGGGUGCCCAAAGUGAGGAAGACAAGAAAGAGUUGGAGACCAUCCAGAACACUUUCGGCUCCAGAGUCAAUACUUUCAGCAGGAUUCUUCUGACUGUGGAGGCUGGUCCCAUCGCUCUAAACGCAGAGAGGUUUCAGCAGGAAAACAGAGACUUCAAAGAGCUCUUCCUGGGCUGCGGUGGACAAUAUCUGUUCUGCGACGUCAAGGACAAGCAGCAGGUGUCUGACGUUUUACGCAGAGUAGAAGACAUGAAAGGUGUGGGAUGCGGAAGCUUCACCAAAGAUAUGCUUCCCAAGCCUCCAAAGAAUCCAGAGUCUAGAACAGUCUCCACUCAAGAGGAGCCAAAAACAGAAUCUACUCGGGGAAAGCUGAGUCUCAGGAUGGUGCUGAUUGGGAAGACUGGUUGUGGAAAGAGUGCCACUGGGAACACAAUUUUGGGCAAGGAAUGCUUCAUUUCCAAAGUUGGGAGACUAUCAGUGACCAAGCAUUGCCAGAAAGAAAUCGGGGAGAUCGAUGGGCGCCCCGUCGCCAUCGUCGACACGCCCGGCUUGUACGACACCACCCUGUCCAACGAGGAGGUGAAGCAGGAGGUGGUGAAGUGCGUCACCAUGUUGGCUCCCGGCCCUCACGUGUUCCUCCUGGUGCUGCAGAUCGGCCGCCUGACACAAGAGGAGAAAGACACCGUGGAGCUGAUCAUGGACUUUUUUGGCAAGAAUUCAAAAGACCACAUCAUCGUUUUAUUCACGAGAGGAGACGACCUUAACAACCAAACAAUUGAGAGCUACCUGGCAGAUGAUUCUGGUGGCUUCUUAAAUAAACUGAUAACUGAAUGUGGGGGGAGAUACCACGUCUUCAAUAACAACGAUAAAGAGAAUCGUCCUCAAGUCAACCAGCUGCUGACCAAAGUGGAGUCAAUGGUGAAGAGAAAUGGCCACAGCUACUUCACCUCGGCUAUGUUCCAAGGAGCCGAGGAAGCCAGACAAAAGGAGAGGCAGCUGAGGGAGAUGGAAAGACAACAUCGGGAAGAAAUGACGAUCCUAACUUUAGCGCUUGACCGACAAAGAGAAGAGAGUGCCAAAGAAAGGGAGGAACACAAGAAGAAGCUGGAGCUAAUGGAGUGUGAGAGAAAGAGGGAAGAGCAAAGAAGGAAACAGCAGGACGACGCUCAACAACUCAAGUGGGAAGAGAAACUCCAAACUCUGGAAGAAGAACUACGAUACAUCUCAGAGAAGAACACCCUCCCCGAAUGGGUGCUGCUGCAGGCGAGAGAAGCCGCCGUGAAAGGAAAAGAGGCUUGGGAGCGGGAGACGAAGGCGUGGUGGGAGAACCGAUAUCGAGAAGAAGAACAGAGACGAGAGGACAAAAGCCAAGAAGAGAUCAUCAGAAUAGAACAGGAGAGGGAAUGCAAAGCGUUGGAAGAGCACUACGAGAGGAAAAAGGAGGAAAUCAGAAGGAGAAACCAAGAGACCAAAAAGAAAGAGGAAGAAUUCUACGAGCUCUGCGAGAAGUCCACCGCGGAUGUCUUCGCCCAGAUGGAAAAGGAGGAACAGGAAAUGAAGAAUAUGCAGAUGAAACAACGCGACAAAAACAUGCUGGUCUUCAGACAGCUGAGCAGAAACAAGUUCCACCACAGAGAGAUCAAGAAAUUGAAUAUGAAACAGGAAGAGGAAAUGAAGGAGCUGAAGCUGCAACUGUUCCUCGACAACAGGGAUCACCUGAACAAGGAGAUCAAUGACCUGAAGAAGAUACACGAGGAGGAAAUCAACACAUGGAUAGAAGCUCACAUGGAGAAAGCCAUACAAGGCAAGUGCUCCAUUUUAUGA